AUGAGAAACACUGAGGGGGAUAUAAAAAGAUGGAGACACGAAUACACUCUUGAUGAAAUUGUGAACUUAUUCCACCAUUUUGGAGAGCAAUUGGGAAUUGUGCCCAAACACAUUUUCACCUUCUGGCUCCUCCCCAUCCCCUUUGUUGACCCACCCCUGGCUCGCCCCGCCCCUCCUACGCGGAAGCGGAAGAGGUUUAAGGUUCGGGCACGCCUCCGCCACUACAGUCAAUCUGGGGCUUUUGGGGCCGGUCGUGCAUUUGCUCCCAACAUGUCCAGCCCCCGGAGAAACGCCGAUAGCUGCCCGGGUGCCUCGGGGACUGGGGCAGGCGCGGGCAGUGGCGGUGGCGGCAGUGGCAGCCGCCCCGGCAGCCCAGCUCAUGUGAACCACAGCAGCGGCGCAGGCGCCAGCAGGUUUGAGUUCCAGUCUCUGAUGAGCAGCCGCAACCCGGGCUCCGAAUCGAGCACGGCGCGGCUCCGCGCCUCUGAGAGCCCGGUGCAUCGUCGCGGCUCCUUCCCCUCGAUCGGGUUGGCCGCGCCGCAAUCCGCCCAGCCCCCUCUGCCAGAGGAGGACUCUAUGAAGCUGAACCCUUCCUUCCUGGGCAUCGCUCUCCGCUCCUUGUUGGCUAUUGACUUGUGGAUGUCCAAGAGGCUGGGCGUGUGCGCCGGGGAAAAUUCGUCCUGGGGCAGCGCCAGGCCCCUCAUGAAGCUGCUCGAGAUAUCAGGCCACGGGAUCCUUUGGCUGGCCGGCACCGCCUACUGUCUGUAUCGGAGUGACAGCUGGGCCGGUCGCGAGGUCCUAGUCAAUCUGCUUUUCGCUCUGCUCUUGGACUUGAUCUUGGUGUCGCUGCUCAAAGGGCUUGUUAGACGGCGAAGGCCCUCGCACAACCAAAUGGACAUGUUUUUCACGUUCUCGGUGGACAAGUAUUCCUUCCCCUCCGGUCAUGCCACCAGAGCUGCCCUGGUGUCUCGAUUCAUCUUGCACCACCUGGUGCUGGCCAUUCCUUUGAGGGUGUUGAUAGUGCUGUGGGCCUUCAUCUUGGGCCUCUCUAGGGUCAUGCUGGGAAGGCACAAUGUCACAGAUGUAGCUUUUGGUUUUUUCUUAGGUUACAUACAGUACAGUAUAGUGAACUAUUUUUGGCUGUCUCCCUUCAAUGUCCCUGCACUUUUUGCUCUCUGGAGUCACGAGUAAAUUAUUUUAUUGUUUAUGGGACCAGAAGAAAAGAAACAAAAGCUUCCAAAGCUUCCAAGAGAAAAAGGACCAAACAUAUACACCAGCAUCCAUCAUGCUCUUGUAGACAAAUUAGGACCUGCCUUGGAAUUUGAGUCUCAAAGGAAAAAAAAGUAACCCCCUACCAUCUUGAUAUUUGCUAGAUUGAAGCAUGUGCCAGCUAUAAGGUGAACACAGUCAUGUUAGGUAAAUAAGAUAUUUAUAUAGACAGAAUUAGACAUAUAUAGGUCUUCAUUAACAACUAUGUCAGUAAGUAAAUAGCAAAGAAAUCAAGCAGUUUUGCUGUUGAUGACUAAUUUCUUUGAAAGUUUACAGUCAGUGGAUAAUAUAAUUCUAAUUAUCUCCCAUACAUGAUACCUCUUUUUAAAGGGGAAAAGGGGGAAAAGAAAUGUUAACUAGAAUUAUAUUUUGAAUUAUUAAUAUGUAUUAAAGUGAACAAUUCAUUAGUUUGCUAUAGAGUAGAUUUCAAACACAAUUUUGAAAAUAUAAAACAAAUUCUACUAUGAAAGACUGGUGCUAUAGAUAUGUAGAUUUUUACAUUUUUAUUUAUUCACUUUUAAGAACACAUGUUUUGUUUUUUGAUAGCUACGGGAAAGUACAUUUCCAUCUUUGGCGAUACAACAAAUUAGGACAAUCUUCCCUAUCCUGUUAAAAAAAAGAUGGAUGUAAAUAUUUUACAUUCCUAUCUAACACUACCUGUUAGCAUUCAAAAGAGAACCCAAUGGCUGAGAGAAAAUACAAAUACAGAAUAUACUUCAAGAACUGGCUAUUUCAUCAAAGUGAAUGCAUCUUCCACCAAUGCAGAUGGCUCCCCCUCCAUGCCUACCAGAUGGUUUCAUUACUUUCUGUGGAUUAAAAAAAAGUCAUCACCUGGUGGCUAGUCCUUUGGUCAUAAACUUCUCCAUCUUAGCCAAGAGGGUCCUUGGACCAGAGAUUUGCAUUCAGUCACCAGGGCUGUAUGUGAAGUCUUUCCAGCUUGGUGACAUCAGUCUUGGAGAGCUUGCACUUCUUUGACAUAAUCUUGAAGAACCCAAGGUUCCAUCCACACCAUGGUGAGGUACUGGAGGACUUAAGUAGAGGAGCACACAAUAUAAAAGAGGGGGGAAAUGGGGAGCUGAAAGAUGUCAAUUAGAAGAAUGGAAAGGAGGACACACAGCUAGGUGACUCAAUGGCCAGAGUCAGAACCAGGAGUUCCUAGAUUCAAAUUUGACCUCAGACACUUCCUAGCUGUGUGACCCUGGACAAGUCACUUGCCCCAGUUGCCUACCCCCUUGCUUUUCUUCUGCCUUAGAACCAGAAGGUAACAAUUAAAAAAAAAAAAAAGAAUGUGGGAGUGGGUUGUCUUUUAGUUAAUUCUGUGGCAGUUUUGCUGGUUAUUUAUGGUGACUUGGCUAAAUCAAAUUCUCCAAUUUUGUGAUAGAAGGUAGAAAUAAUCUCUUUGAAAAGAAUUCAUUCAUUAAAAAGCUAUUUGUUGGGAAAGGUCAGUUAGAAAGUCACUAUGAGUGAAUAUUUCAUCUAGAAGCAGAAAACUAUAGAUUAGCCAUAUAUUACCUGAAUGGACCACUGUGGUGUUUUGUCAUCUAUCAUUUCUACUCAAAAAAAAGGAUAAAACUUUGCUGAGGGGUGGGAAAUAGUACCAAUUUUAAAGGUGACAAUGCAAGCUUUCUCAUGUACAAUAAAAAGGACCUGUGUAUUUUGUAAUUUCUUGUUAUAUUUGGGAGAUGUUUUUUCCUGUAAUGAUUUUAGUGUGAUGGAACAAACAGAUUCUCAAAUAUUGACACUCUUCACUGUGAGAUUGCUGUUGUACCAGGCACAAUAUAUAAUUACUGAAUUUCUUUAUUUUGACUUAUGUCAUUGAGAGAAUUUCAUCCAGGAUGCCUCCACAAAUCAUUUUACCAAAACCAUUCCUAUUUUUAAAUGAUGCUGAAGCCACAAAGAACCUUUAAGUGAUGCAGGGAGUCAAACACUAUAAAAUUCAACAUAAGAAUGUUAUCAGCAUUUAUAAAUAGAAAACAUUGUGAUCUACAGUACCCUUUUGCAGAUGUUAUAUUGGGUAACUGGAAUCAACUAAGGCAAAUGUAACUAAGUCUGAGUAGAAGACAAACUCUUACUGGGUAGAAAGCACUUAGGAAUUCCAACUACUCCCUGUGGGUAAAUGGAAUCAUUUUCAUUUCAUUUUAACCCAACACUGACUACCUCUUCACUUCCAGAGUCCACAUGGUGAACUACCUAAAUUUGUGAAGUUCUAAAAUUAUUUUGUUCCAUUUUACUUCUAAAGAUUUCCUAUCAUUACAGCAAUGCUAUUGCCAGAUGUUUAAAGUUAUGAGACUCCUGUUCAUGGCCCUCCAAAUUAACUCUUAGGGGCUUUAAGGCAAGAUAAUUUUGUUGAAUGUUUAUGCCACUGAGAUUCACUUAAUUAAAUAGCACCAAAGUUUACUGAUUCAAA